UUGACUGCCGCGAUGAAGCCCACGGUGGAUGAGAUAUUUCCUGAGGGUGUGGGUCCUUAUGUGGACCUCGACGAGGCUGGAGGAAGUACAGGUCUGUUGAUGGAUUUAGCGGCCAAUGAAAAGGCAGUACACACAGACUUCUUUAACAGUUUUGAAGAUAUGUUUGAUGAUGAUGAUAUCCAGUGAAAAUCCCCUUCCAGCAGUGUGGUGCUAAAUAUUUAAACGUCUAUGUUCAAAAUGAAAAGGAGCUGUGAAUAUUGCGUCUGAGAUGUGAAAGAACGUGACAACAUGGCUAAAGAUGGAUGAAGG